AUGGUAUUGCCAGUGUUGACGAGAGAAUUUGAUGCAGAGGAUGUGUGGGUGGUGAACGGCAGGGAAUGCGAGGGUGGUGGGGGAAGGGGUGGUAAUGGGGCGGAUAAGGGCGGAUUUUUGCUCUACCCGACCCCGCCCCGCCGUACAACAAACUGCCUAGAACCCGUCCCGUUUUUAUCCGCGGGUUUUGCUACAAUGAGAGUUGUUAUUUCGAAGGGCAUUGUGGUUUCGUGUUGCUUGGGCGUUAUUAUUAUUGUUGCACUUGCUGCUGAUGCAAGGAAACUUGUUGACGAUGACAAGCAUUUGAUCCGUCCAAUUCCACCUCAUUUGUUCAAGAAAGGGUUUAGGCAUGGAAGGUUUGGAGGAGGUGGGAUUGGUGGUGGUGCUGGAUUUGGUGUCGGUGGAGGGUUGGGGGGAGGUGGUGGUUUUGGUGGUGGUGCUGGAUUUGGUGGUGGAGGUGGACUAGGGAGUGGUGGUGGCUUAGGUGGCGGAGCCGGUGGAGGUGGUGGUGUUGGAGGAGGUGCUGGUGGUGGGAUUGGUCAUGGUGGAGGUUUAGGUCAUGGUGUUGGAGGUGGCAUUGGUAGUGGUGGUGGUGGUGGCGGUGGAGGUGGCUUUGGAGGUGGUGGUGGUGAUGGACUUGGCGGUGGCGGUGGGCUUGGUCAUGGAGGAGGACUAGGUCAUGGCAUUGGUGGUGGUGUAGGCGGUGGAGGUGGCUUUGGAGGAGGUGCUGGUGGUGGUGGACUUGGCGGUGGCGGUGGGCUUGGUCAUGGAGGAGGACUGGGUCAUGGCAUUGGUGGUGGUGUAGGAGGUGGAGGUGGCCUUGGAGGUGGUGGUGGAUUUGGUGGUGGCGGUGGUUUUGGUCAUGGAGGAGGACUAGGUCAUGGUGGUGGAUUAGGUCAUGGUAUUGGUGGUGGCAUUGGUGGUGGAGGUGGUGGUGGAAUAGGAGGUGGUGCAGGUGGAGGAGGUGGAGUUGGUGGGGGAGCUGGUGGCGGCAUUGGAGGUGGUGGUGGUGCAGGUGGAGGCGGCGGCUUUGGUGGCGGCGGUGGAGUUGGAGGUGGUGUAGGUGGAGGAGGAGGGUUUGGAGCUGGUGGAGGGUUUGGAAAAGGUGGAGGUGGUGGAUUUGGCGGUGGUGGUGGUGGCGGCUUUGGAGGUGGUGGCGGUUUUGGGGCUGGUGGCGGUGCUGGAUUUGGUGGUGGAGUUGCCGUUGGUGUUGGUGGUGGCCAUUAG